AUGGAUAGUAAUAAUAGUACUAAAAAUUUCGGGUGUGAAGAUCACCAAAGAGAAUUUGAAAUAAUUUGCUAUCAAUGCAAUAAAUUGUUUUGUUCAAGAUGUCUGGUACAUCAUAACAAUCAAUUUAGUCUAAAUUCUCAUAAGUGUGAUCAUAUCGAUGAUAUCAAAUUUAGUUUAAAUAAUUGUCUAAAUAAUAAUAUCAAUAGUUGUAGUGAUAACAAUAGUAAUAAUAACAAUAAUAAUUCGAAUAGCAAUAGUUUUAUAGAUAAAAGAUUAAAAGAUAUUUGGAGAAAUAUACGAGAGUCGGCGGUUUCUUAUCAGAAAAUAAUGUCAACAGAAGCUGAAAUAUCACAACACUUUGAAAAACUAUAUCAAUAUCUUAUGGUUGAGGAAAAAAAACUAAAGAAUAAACUAGUUGAAAAAAGAGAUUUGAUGAUAUCUCAAAUCGAGAACAAUACUAGUGAACUCAAAAACCUAGUAAAUAUCAUCAAUAUAAGUCGUAAUAGUAACAGUAGUAAUAGAUCAUCGGUAGACAAUGAAAUCAUUGUUGAACAACAAGUUAAUGAUAUGUCGAUUGAGGAUCCAUCAGUAUCAAGUGAUACAACUGAUCGAUAUUCAACGAUAUACAUUGCUAGAUCGGUCGGUGAAAGUACAUCAUUAAGCACAUUCGUCAGAAAGAAUAGUGAUACAAUAUUCGACUUCUCCGAAAGUCAAAAGAAACAAAUGGCAAGUCAAUUGUCAACCUAUCAAGACAGCUUUGAUUCAUUGAUAUUAGACUCGAUAUUGAAGCAUUACUCCCAAUUUUCUGGAAAUAUAUUUGCUUCACAAAUGGUGUGCCAAUGUAGAUUAACUACUAAUCCAUUUGACAAUGUCACACUCAACAAAGUCAUUGAAAAUUCAAUACAAUUAUCGAUUGAGCAAAAAACCGAGUUGGAAAGAAUAGAAGAUCUCCGAAAACAAAUUCCAACAGUUGCCAAGUCAUUAUCUCCCACCACCUAUCUUGUCACUACCGACAGAGAUCAAUGUUUAAGUGUUAUUGAUAUCUCAGUUUCCCCCUACUCUUCCUACCAUAAGACUAUUACCAAGUUUGGAUUCAUUAGUUGUCAAAACUCAAUGGUCGCAGUCGGUGACACUGUCUAUGCAUUCGGAGGUGUCUCCAAUACUAAUCAAUACUUUAAAUACUCUGUAACACAGAAAUCGUGUGAAUUCAAAAGACACCUCAAAGCAUUCGGAACUGAAGGUCCUCAUAUCAUAACGAUAUUCCACAAAGGAAAGUUAUAUUCAUUCUCUAGAAAUGAAAAAUCGAUUUAUAUAUACGAUCCUUCGAACAAUGUACUCAACAAAUAUGAAAUAGAUCAAUUGUUUGAUAAAACACAUAUGGCCUGCACCGAUGGUCAAGGUAAUAUCUACCUCUAUUCACACGACAAACGAUUCAUUAAGUUCGAUGUCGCUGCCAAUAAAGUCACCCAACUCAAGCCUUUGGAAGCCAAUGUCUAUUAUCUAUCGAUGGUAUAUCGUACUUCAUAUUUGGAUAGCUACAUAUAUAUUCUUGGUGGUACUAAAUAUGGAAAUCAUCGUUACUCAAUUCAAGAUAACAUAUGGGAUAGCUCCUUAGACGGAUUCGUUGGUGAAAGAUGGAGAUGUCCAUCAUUAGUUUUAGAUAUUGAAAGCAAUAAACUAAUAUAUUAA